CGCCGUCUGUGGUAACUUCUAUUGCUUCCACGGUAUGCGAACAGGCGAAAUGUGCUCGUGGUAAGCCAGUAGUUAUUUGCAUAUUGGCUUUUUCGAUCAUGUUUCACGCCGUAACUGUCGAACGCAGCAGUUUUAGAGAUUUUUCCGACGCUGAAUGCGUGGUGUUGUUUCUGAAGCGAUUCGGGUAACGGACAGACAGACAGAAAAGGCGAAAACUACAGUAACCCUCGCUGCUCCUGCACACGGAGGGUUAUUGAGGGGCACAUCAAUCCCACUCCACAUGAUCACUUUAACGUUGCAUGUCAACGUUGUAUGCAACAUGUUUUGAAUGCUUUCAGCUGUGGCAGCGGUUUUGCGUCUCACUACCUGCUACCACACGGUGCACAUUCACUAACACUUGUAAGCUAUGUGAACAGAGGUGAAUUUGGCAACAUAGCCUCCUAACAUACACUCACAUUGGCCAAACAUAAACACACAUUAUUGCCAAAUCACAAAAUAUUUCUGACUCUACAUGGAUGCUUUCACAGGAGUUCGUACUUUCGGUGUACUUAGAAAGAACUGCUGCAACUAACUUCUUCUCUCCAGGAUGACUGUCUGCGUCUCUAAGACACUUCCUGUCCAGGAAUCCCUAUAUCGUAGUCGAGUUCAACCCUCUCACUUCUUUUUGCCUCAUUUCUUGUUCACAUGUGGCAAAGGGACCCUAACGCAGACACUACUUUACACCUAUUUGAUAAGUGCAUACAAUGGUGUUUCUGUGGAGAAUUCAGUGAAGAGGAUGUUAAUGAAGCCAAAUUGAUGACAAUUGCUGAGUUAGACAGCCCAAUUUCUCCUGGGUCAAGAGGCUCUUUGAUGUUUCUUCAGCAUAUAACACCUGAAAUGCAGUAUUUUCAUCGGCAACAGAUACUUCAAGUGAAUAAGCAAGAUAUGAUUGAAAGUACAGCAAGGUACAUGAUGAACAACAAAUGCUGUGAAGUGCUGUUGUUUGUUGACAAGAGAACACUAUGGUUGUGUAAAUGCUCCGUAACUGUAUGAUAUUCCAUUGACUUUACAGAGAUAGCUUCACUAACUUAACCACUGUCUUACUACCACCAUAUCAGUGCAAGUACUGCGAACAUUUGUGGCUUUACACUAGUCUGUUGUCAAUAUGGAAAGCACAAACCUCAGCACUAUAAACGCGUGCCUGUGUUCAUUUGUGCACAUGUGCAUAAGCGCAAGCCACACCAGAUGAAGAUCAACAGGAAGUUAGGCCGGAUGUAUUUAUUGGAUGCACUAUGAAAUACUUUUCAUAGAGCUUUACUUUUGCCAGUUUGGACAUCUUUAAUUCCCAGAUGGAGCAUCUAUCCUAACAUACGGACAAAGCUAUCACAGUUUUU